AUGUCUGAACCAGUUCAAAAGAAGCAAAAGACUAACUCUUCUCUAGACCAAUUGAAGGCCUCUGGUACUGUUGUUGUUGCUGACACCGGUGACUUCGAGUCCAUUGCUAAGUUCCAACCUCAGGACUCCACCACCAACCCAUCUCUAAUCUUGGCCGCUGCUAAGCAACCAGCUUACGCCAAGUUGAUCGACGUUGCUGUUGAGUACGGUAAGAAGCACGGUAAGACCGUCGAGGAACAAACCGAAGCCGCUGUCGACAGACUGCUUGUGGAAUUCGGUAAGGAAAUCUUAAAGAUCGUUCCAGGCAGAGUCUCCACCGAGGUUGACGCCCGUCUAUCCUUCGACAAGGAGGCCACCAUCGCCAAGGCUCUACAAAUUAUCAAGCUAUACGAAGAACAAGGUAUCUCCAAGUCCCGUGUCUUGAUUAAGAUUGCCUCCACCUGGGAAGGUAUCCAAGCCGCUAGAGAACUAGAGAGCAAGCACGGUAUCCACUGUAACUUGACUCUGCUGUUCAACUUCGCCCAAGCUGUCGCCUGUGCCGAGGCCAACAUCACCUUGAUUUCCCCAUUCGUCGGUAGAAUCAUGGACUACUACAAGGCCAAGACCGGUGAAACUUACACUGGUGAAACCGACCCAGGUGUCAAGUCUGUCAGAGCCAUCUACAACUACUACAAGAAGUACGGUUACAAGACCAUCGUCAUGGGUGCUUCUUUCAGAAACAUAGAUGAAAUCAAGGCCCUAGCCGGUGUUGACUACUUGACCAUCUCUCCAAACUUGCUAGACCAACUAUUGAACUCUAACGACCCAGUUCCAAAGAUCCUAGACCCAGCCACCGCCAAGGACGAAGCUGGUGAGAAGGUCACUUUCGUCGACAACGAAUCUGCUUUCAGAUUCGCUCUAAACGACGACGCCAUGGCCACCGACAAGUUGUCUGACGGUAUCAGAAAGUUCUCUGCUGAUAUCAUCACUUUGUUCGACAUGAUUGAAAAGAAGGUUAAGGCUUAA